AGGGAGACCUGGCUGGGCGGGGGUCGGGAUGCGCUGUCAGGCUGGGCUCCGGGGGUCGGGAGGGUUCUGGCUGUCUGGGAUAGCAUUUAAAGGACGGAAGGAGGGUUUGGGGGCAACCCCAGGCACGGCUGUGGCAGAGGGAGGUCCGGGGGUGUCCUGGCCCCUGCAUGGCCUCAGCCCCAACCCUUUUUUCCCCCCAGGCACACGGAGCCACCGCGAUGAGGCUCUACAGCCUAAGUGUCCUUUACAAGGGUGACGCCAAAGUGCAUUUGCUCAAAGCUGCCUACGAUGUGUCCACCUUCAACUUCUUUCAGAGAUCCAGUGUGCAGGAGUUCAUGACGUUCACGAGCCAGCUGAUCGCGGAGCGCUCGGCGCUGGGCAGCAGGGCCUCGGUCAAGGAGCAAGAGUACCUGUGCCACGUGUAUGUGCGGACCGACGGGCUGGCCGGAGUGGUGAUCGCAGACAAUGAGUAUCCACAGCGGGUUUGUUUCACCUUGCUGGACAAGGUGCUGGAUGAGUUCUCCAGGCAGGUCAGCAAGAUGGACUGGCCCUCAGGGUCACCUACCACCAUCACCUACUCUGCCUUGGAUGGAUACCUCAGCAAAUACCAGAACCCCCGUGACGCCGACCCGAUGACCCGAGUGCAGGCAGAGCUGGACGAGACCAAAAUCAUCCUGCACAACACCAUGGAAUCACUGCUGGAGCGUGGGGAGAAGCUGGACGACCUGGUCUCCAAAUCAGAGGUGCUUGGAGCACAAUCCAAAGCCUUCUACAAAACGGCCCGAAAGCAGAAUUCCUGCUGUGAAAUCAUGUGACAUGGAGCCCGGGGUCUCCACCUCCGGACCACCAGCCCUCCACCCCCCUCUGCAGCCACCCCAGGGGUGUUCCUGGGGCUGGGCCGAGGGUCCUCAGCCCCCUGGGCUGAUGUGACUGUUGUCCACCUUGAGGGGACACCAAGGCUGGCACUGGGCCAGCACACAUGGGGGGAGGUCCACACUGAAGACCCCCCACCCUUGCUGUUCCUGGGACAGCUUGGACCAGGGGGCACCCGGCCACGCACUCCCCUGCCUUCACACCCCCCAGAAGCCUGGAGGGGCCGUCCACUGCUGUCCAGGGGGCUGAGGGGGCAGGUGGAGUCCCCUCCUGCCAUCCCAGGGGCUGGGGGGGCUUUUAUGUAUUUGUGUCCUAAGGGUGAGCUGGGGGGUGGGAGAAGGGGGGAAGGGAAAAAGAAGAGGUUUCUUGGGUGGGGGGUGCUCACUGCCUCCCUGGGUAGCUUCUCCCUGCGCCUGGAGCUGUGUCCCAGUGCUGGAGGAGGGGGGAGCUCACCAGCCUGCCCUGCACCUCGGAGCCCCUCCCCUGCUCCCACCAGCCGGGGUGGGGGGGGCUCAGCACCUGCCAGGGCCCAGCAGCCCUCACUGCCUCCUCUUCCUCCUCCUCGGGAAGGGAAAAGUUGGGCUUGGGCUGUACCUUGCAGUGCUCCAGUUGUUUCCAUGCCCUGGCUGCGCUGGCCAGGGGGAUAAAGUCGUAUCUGGCAGUUGUA